AUGGCCGACAAAGAGAUUUCCCCUGAAAUCCGUGUGGAAGAUGGAGCAGCGGACGCCGCGAACGGACCCGGCGAGUCAACCAGUAAGAUUGUGUCGGGAGAGGUUGAGGAUGAACUGGACGAGUUAGCUUUGGACGAGCCCCGAGCGGCAAAGAAGAAAAAGAAGAAGAAAAGUAAAAGCAAGAAGAGAAAAGAACCACUUCAGCAGACUGAUCCGCCAUCUAUUCCUGUUGUUGAGCUUUUUGCAUCUGGCGAGUUUCCAGAGGGUGAAAUUCAGCAGUACAAAGACGAUAACCUGUGGAGAAUUACAUCUGAGGAAAAGAGAGAACUGGAGCGACUGGAAAAACCACUUUACAAUGCAGUUCGCCAAGCAGCAGAAGUCCACCGUCAGGUUCGACAAUACAUUAGGAAAAUAUUGAAACCUGGAAUGUUGAUGACCGACUUGUGUGAGACCUUGGAGAAUACAGUUCGUAAGUUAAUAACGGAGAACGGUUUGCAAGCUGGCAUUGCAUUUCCUACAGGCUGCUCAUUGAACUGGGUUGCUGCCCAUUGGACUCCAAAUACAGGGGAUAAAACUGUGCUUCAGUAUGAUGAUGUGAUGAAACUGGACUUUGGAACUCAUAUUGAUGGUCAUAUAGUGGAUUCUGCGUUCACUGUGGCAUUCAACCCAAUGUUCAAUCCUCUGCUCGAAGCUUCACGUGAAGCUACGAAUACGGGUAUAAAGGAAGCUGGAAUUGAUGUGCGUUUGUGUGAUGUGGGUGCUGCAAUUCAAGAGGUCAUGGAGUCAUAUGAGGUUGAAAUCAAUGGAAAGGUGUUUCAGGACCGCAUUGGGGAAACAAAGUAUUUGAUGGCACUAAAGAAUUUGUGUGAUGCUGGUAUUGUUAAGCCAUGCCCUCCUCUUUGUGAUAAUAAGGGCAGCUAUGUUUCUCAAUCCGAGCACACAAUUUUGCUUCGCCCUACGUGCAAAGAAGUUGUGUCAAGAGGGGAUGACUACUGA